UUAGUUUCAUACGAAUUCGUGAAAAGUCAAAAUCGACUUCAAGAUGAAGUACGUUUGGCCUUGUGUUUGCCUAUUAUUUUUCGACUGUUUCGUCUUAGGAUUGACCAUGCAAGUGAUAACGUUAGGCGAUGGAGAUGAAUAUCAAAUCGGAAAGUUCGAUAAUUCUGAUGAAGAAUUCUUAGACACAGAUUUUGACUUCUUAGAGAAACCUUAUAAAUCUAAAAUGAACAGCAUAUACACUGGAACUCACUUCAUUCUAAACUAUGUUGGACGUCCAAAGACCUGUAUAUCUUCAAUUACUGUUCUAUCUUAUGAAGAUGAUACUCAAAAGAAAUCGACGCAGAACCCUAAGAAGAGUAAAAUUUGGUGUCAAAAAGGGGGAAUUGGGAAGAAUAAUUGCUUACUUGUGUUCAGGAUGAGGACUAAACGAGAAAAUGCUCGGGUUAAAAUCUUUGGAGUUAAGGAACCAUGUUCUUUCAAGGAACGCUAUCUGAAUAAUAUACCAAAACAAAUCGAUGCCUACGGUCAACGUUAUCAAUUUUCAAAGGAAUAUCCGAAUUGGAAUUUACCAAGAGCUAACAUGAAACAAUACCAGCGUUUGGACGACGUAAUUUACGUAAAAGAUGGUUUGUUUAACGUGCAGAGGAAUUAUCUCGACAAAUCGGACAAGUUCACAAUGGCUAGGGAAAAAUUUGUUCCCGACAACACGUUGAAGUUCACAAUGGAUUUCACAAACAGUGGUCAGUACAGAAUCAGUUUUUUGGAUAUUUACUGGUAUCAACAGUCUGAAAAAGGAAAACCUAAACUACCAUAUAUCUAUUACAAUGGACAGUGUAGUUCUACAAACAAGACUUGUCAAGUAGUUUUCGAUGCUGAUGAACCUAUGUCUUAUGUUUUUGUAAAAGUGUUUAAUAAUAAGAACUACGAAGGAGCUCGUCUACUUGCAAAAGACCUUAGUCGUUCAGGAAAAUAGUCAUUUGUUUGUGAAAUAAGGUUUUAACUAAAAUAGAAUUAAGUGGUCUUCGGACUAAAAGUUUAGCCCAGUUCCCGAAGAUCUCAAAAUCAUAAAUGACAAAAGAGAAAUAAAAUAAAAAAAAAAAAUAAAUAAAUAAAAUAAUGCAUCAUAAUACCUUUAAAAUGGGUCCCGGUCAAAAUCCCGAAAAGGAAAUCCCAAAUGCCAAAAUCCCGAACGUCAAAAUCCCAAAAAACUAAAAUCCCAGAUUCUUGAAAGUGUCAUAGCAACUCCCACGAUUGCACCCGCGCUUGCUAGAGGCAAAGGGAUUUUUUUCUCUUGGGAAAUUAUUUUACGCAUUAUCCUCCAUAUAAUUUCAUCCCUUUCAGGAUCUUGAACAUUCGGGAUUUUAGUUUUCGGGAUUUUGGCUUUCGGGGUUUUGGCGUUCGAGAAUUUGACUGACUCCGCCUUAAAAUACAUACAAUUUUUAAUCGAGAUUUUCCAAAAAAUCUCGACUGAUAAGAAAUUAGAGCAGUUAGCCAUAUGGCUAAGUUUUUCGCAUUAUAGUAUUAAAGAAUUUGACAAUAUUUUACAGUUUGUAUUUACUUUCCUUUAGAGGAAUUCAACAAUAAAAUGAAGCAUGUAUUUUUUUUUGAUAAAUUUAUGUAUUAAUAAGCAAACUGUUAGAAAAAUAAAGUUAAAACCAUAGUCUCAAA